GACUGUUGGAAUAGCCGCUCAUACAAGUGUGACCUUCGCAGUUGUUAUAAUUUUCGUAAAUGUCGAUGUGCACUAUUUGUCGAUGGAGGGUGCCCGUACAGUGACGCUUAAGUCGAAUUCCUCUUUUAGUGCGGCACAACGCCGUGGUGACCACAUUGAAACUCACAAACGAUGGGCUGCUGGUCAAAACAAGCAGCGGACAAUCGAGAAAAGCACAGCUAAGCUAGAGGAGGAUACAGAGGAUCUGCACCAUGAUUUGGUUGACAUGGAUGUUGGUAAGAUUAUAAUGCAGGCAAGGGGGGAAAAGAACCUAACACAAAAAGACUUGGCUACCAAAAUUAACGAGAAACAACAGGUAAUUGCAGACUACGAACAAGGUCGUGCAGUAAAAAACCAGGCUAUUAUCUCGAAAUUAGAGAAGGCUCUGGGAGUUAAAUUGAGGGGUAAAGAUAAAGGAAAGCCUUUAGGAAGUUCGAAGAAAAAUUAAUCCAAAGUGCUGUAAUCUCUCACAUUUGUCAAACAUUGUUAUCUUCUUUAAAUGACUUGCAGUGAUAUGUACAUUGACCUUUAUAAAAUAGAUUGUAAUUUUGUGACUAAAUAGGCUACCCUCGACCUGCUGCUGCUGCUGCGUAUCUGAAUAUAAUUUUUUCAUGACAUAUUUUUUACUUCAUCGUUGGGAACUGCCGUUAAUGACACCCCUUAUUCGCUAUUGUAACUAGGUAAAGGAUGUGUGGAUCUCAUAUCAAUGUCAUUGUCGACCAAACUUUUAAUUAGCAGACUCAAUAUUUUAACAUGGCGUCACGUGGAUUGUGCCCACCGUAACUGCGAUCGCAAGUCACAUGUAAUUAGUGGUUGUAAGCAUCCCGAAAACUUUAGAAGCCUGCAUGUUGGAUCUCAGAGAAACGUGCUCCAGUUACCACCUAGAGUACAAUGUGGGUUGAUUUGUCAUGUCUUAUGCUGCUUUUUAUCACGUAACAUAGUACAGGGCAAUAAGUCAUGAACUACUUUUCCAUACCAGUAUAUCUACCGGCAGUUAAGUUCAGAAUUAUUCUCGUAUUGGGUAGGAGGAAAAGUCUUGUUUAUUUCAAUCGUCCGGAUAACUUCUUAGGAGGUAACUUAGUGAAGUGAAAUUCAUUUUUGAUAUGAAGCAUACUUGUUACAGAGAUUUGCUGCUUGUUUACGUUGCAUAACAGUCAAAAUAUAAAAGAAGCUAAAAGAGAAGUGAUAUACAACUUCCUUAGCCCAGUGCAUAGAAAGUGUGACGGCGUAUGUACGCAUUUGUAUUCAGUUUGGUUGAAAAUCCACGUAGGGAUUUCUGUCUUCGUAUUUUGUGCAAUGCAUCUCGGUACCUGGCAAUUUAUUCGAGGACUUGUUCUCAUCGAUGGUUAUUACCUUCCAGAUGAUUCUAAUAUCUAGCUGUCUGCAUUCAUUAAUAGUCAUGAUGAUGAUCUCGAUCUGUAGGUAAUACUAUUACGAUCUUUCGGAAUGUGGUCAUAAAUGCCGUAGUAGUCUUCCAUUCGUAAAUGUGUUACAAAGGUUAUCGCACUGGUAAACCAUGUCUUGUAGCCAACACGUCAUGUAUACCUAUCGUUAUUUCUUACUUAGAGAAUUGUAAAUCGAUAUGUUCACUAAACUGCUAUCAUUCUAAGUUUAGUCAGGAGCAUAUCACACCAAAACGAUUUCUAAACAAGGUAUCUCAAUAUCUGAAAUAGGCAAGAUAUAGUUAAUUACUGCAUCUAUAACUCCUAAGUACAUAGAUGUAUAAUUUUAUCAGUCUUUAAUUAGUUUAAACACUGGUUUUCAUAUUGGCUUCGAAAUUUGCUCAGGCUUCUAAAGGCUGCUGUCAGGCACCAUCGGCUAUAAGUCACGAACAAAAAACUAUUCCAAAAUCUUUGUAAAAGCCAUGGUGUUAAGAUAUAUUCAUUACUAAUUAAUGGACAUCAUUGCAAACUAUCGAUUCACCAGGGUGUCUGACCAUAGCGCAAGGCAAUGUGUGAAUAGACAUCCGAUUUUAUUUUUAUUUAUUUAAACACA